AAGCCACGCCUGUCUCAUCUCACGGUGGACGCAGGUGGCGGAAGUGAGCCCUACGGUUUGAGGAGUCGCUCUUCACCGGUCUUCGAUUCGAUUCGGAUCCUUCGCCGCAUUGGUUGAGCCCUCAUCUCCGAGAUCAGAUCGAGCGCUAUUUCUUAGCCGGAGAAGAAUCCCUUUCUCUUUCUACAUCGAUGGCAGAGAAAGGGGGAAAUGGGUCUCCCCUCCCGAGAGGGAAGGCUGCUGCGCCUUUGAAGCAAGGAUCACUCAAAGGAAAUAACAGUGGUGCUAUGGACGAGUCAACACAUAUUGAAAUUGACUCCUCGGACUCUGAGCUUGAAGGUUUUGUUGAAGAAAAAGUUCCAACUUCUUUAAAUGCAAAUGAAAAAUCAUCAGCUGAACAGAAAUCCGGUAAGAAGAAAGUCUCCUUUGGAAGUCUGAAAUCAAGUGGGAAGACAUCGUUUGAUACACCAACUGCUAAAGGAGACUUGGGAAAAGGAGGAAAAGGUUUUAGUGUAGGAAAGGCUGGUGGAAAGGGUAGUAUACCAGAAGCAACACCAAUAAAGCCCCUGGUUACAGAAGUGGAAUUGAAACUUGAACUAGAACUUCUAAAGGGGGCUAGAUUGUUGAUGGAUUGCGAAGCAGCAGAAGUUUUACAAGAAAUCCAGGGACACAUGACUGUUUUAUCAGAUGAUCCAAAGAUAAAAAUGCCUGAGUCAUUUAGCAAAGCUUUGCAGUAUGCCAAAAUCAAUGCUCACUACACGAAUGUUCAGUCCGUGAGACAAGUUUUAGAGUAUCCUUUGGUUGAACUUGCUUUAGUAAGUUAUGUUGUGUACUUUGUCACUUGCCCAACUGAACAAACUGCCUGUUUGGCCAUUAACUUAAGUUCUAGGACUUUGAAACAGAAUGGGGUUACUGAUGGCGAGAUAUGCAUGAUUGGAAAUGUUGAUCCUGAGACCCUUGAUGAAGUUUAUGCGCUAAUACCUUCUUUAAAGACAAAUAAGCAUAAGAAUGAAGGAGCUAUUGCAGAUGUACUUGCGAGUCUGGCAAACUUCAGAACUUCAAAGUAACUCUCACUACGAGUUGCAAGUAAAUAUUAGAUUAGGUUUCUUCGGCACUGGAUAUCAGUAUUUUGUAUGAAGCUAUUUGUGGUUCUCUGCGACUGAAGUACUAAUCAGGUUAGCUGCUAGCAGAAUCCCUUAAGGGUAGCAACCGAAGCCAUCGCCUUAAUUCUAUCUUGAAACUCACGAGACACAUAUAAGCAACUGGAUCUGUAAUCUGAUGUAAGGUGAAAUGGUAACAUACUGUUUGCAUGUGCACCGCAUCAAUUCUGGAUUUCUAUUGAAAACUGUUGUUCAAAUUCAGUGAUGUUGCAGUCCUGGAAACUGCAUGUGAUUAUACAUUGUAGGCUUGUUCCCAAUUGUUACUGAUUUUAUACAUCAGUUUAACUAAUUUGAUUGUUUGUGCUG